AUGGCCGAGGCCGCCAUUGCCAUCGCCUAUCCCGAGCCCUGGAACAAAGGCAAAGCACUUGGAUACUGGCUUACCUUUCGUCUUGCUGGUCAGAUUCUUGGUGGAGCAAUCAACCUUGGACUCAAUGCCGACCGCGAUCAAGCGGGCAGCGUGUCUUACACGGUCUACCUGAUUUUCAUCGCGUUACAGUGCAUUGGUCCCUUCGUUGGUCUCUUCCUCAACAAGCCUAGCCGGGUCCAGAGGAAAGACGGCAAGAAGGUUGACUUGACAAUCCUGAACAACCCAUGGUUCGAGAUCAAAGCCACGACUAAGUUGUUCUUCACGAAGAGAUUCCUCCUCACUGUUCUAUGGAUUGGACAAGCAGUAUUCGCCGAGGCCGUCUACAACACAUAUUUGGCCCUUUGGUUUUCUGUGCGCUCACGUGCUCUGGGGUCUUUCUUAUCGGGAAUCGUGGCCGUGACAUGCGGCAACUUGCUCGGUAGCUACCUGGACAGAGCAUCUAUUCCACUGAAAUUCCGUGCUCGCACCACCUUUUGGUCUAUCGCCGCUCUUCAGGGUGCUUGGUGGCUGUGGAUCACCAUACUUGUCACCGAGUUCCGUUCUACUCAGCCAACAUACGACUGGUUAUCUGCUGGGUUUGGCCGCGCUUUUGCCGUCUUCGUCUUUCUGACAGUGGGAUUCCAACUCAACUACCUCUUUCUGUACUUCUUUAUAGGUCAGCUUGCGGAAAACGAGCCUGAGGUUAUCCGAUAUGCGGCUUUGCUAAGAGGUACGGAGUCUGCAUGGCAAGCGAUCAGCUAUGGCAUCACUUCCGUCACCGUGUUCGCUGAGGUCGGAGCCGUCUACUGGAACUUCGCGCUCUGGGCGGUCGCAAUCUGGCCCGCAUGGCUGGUUCUCAGGGAGUUUGGUGUUGAAAAGAAGACAUUCGAGGAUGAGAUUGCUGCCAAGGACGACGCACCAGUGGUGUCCACCAUUGUAAAUGUGGAGCAGAGAAAGUCAGGCCUAGAUUGA